AUGGGGUGGCUCGGGCGGGUUCUCAGGUAUCUGCGCCUCAAGAUACUUGUCACCUUACUACGGACAGCCUUCAGAUUAUCACGACCGUUGCCGAUUGCAACGAAUCCACACACAGUCCUCGGAAUACCCAGUCGAGAUGCCAAGAGAAAGAUUACCGCCCAUGUAUAUGCACGAGAGAGCGCAUCUCUACCUUCUCAGCCAGUCCUGAUCAAUUUCCAUGGCAGUGGGAUGAUUUUCCCCCAUUUCGGGUCGGAUGAUGAGUUCUGCCAUUAUAUUUCCCAAAACACCGAGGUCACUGUGCUUGAUGUCCAAUAUCGGCUGUCCCCCGAAAAUCCCUUCCCAGCGGCCCUGAACGAUGUCGAAGAUGUCAUCCGAUGGGUGCUGGGCCAACCAGACAAGUAUGACCUGACACGACUGAGCAUUUCUGGAUUCAGCGCCGGUGGAAACCUUGCACUGGCUGCAUCGGGGGUACUCUUGCCUCAAGAUACGUUCCGCUCGGUCCUGGCUUUCUACCCCGGAACAGAUUUGUUUAAGAAUCCCGAGGGAAAGGCAGCAUUUGAGGACUGUGGUAAAACAUUGCCGCCACGCAUCUCUCGUCUCUUCAGCGCUUGUUAUAUUCCCGAAGGAGUGGAUGCCCGUGAUCCUCGCAUUUCUCCGAUCUACGCAGACCCGGCGCGGUUCCCGGCUCGAAUGCUGAUGAUCACGGCGAGCGGAGACAACAUGGCGCCCGAGGCAGAGGAGCUGGCGGCUCUAGUGGAAAAGCAGGCAAACCAUCAUGUAGUACUAAAGAGAAUGGAACACUGUAUUCAUGGGUUUGACAAGAAUACAAAGCCCGGAACGGUGGCAGAGGAGGCCAAGAUCAGGGCAUACUCCAUGGCGGCGGAGAUGUUGAAGGAAUGA